AGAGAGAGAGAGAGAGAGAGCAAGAGAGAGAGAGAGAGACACGGGGGAGAGAGAGACAGAGAGAGAGAGAGAGAGAGAGAGUCGUCUCCAACAGCAGCUCUCACUGAACAACGCUGUUUUAUUCAACGUGCUCCUCAGAGGUGGAGAUGGCUGAACCAAUCAGGACUCACGAUGCCGAACAGGAGAAUGUCGGCGCUGUUUGAAGUCUCUGACUGAUUGACAGAUUUCUUCUGUGGUUCUAUUUGUGAACGGGCUCUUCCUGGUUAGUGACCGCCUCCCCUGCUCUCAUCGGGGAUGCUCGGCUCUGCCAUCCGCCGCCUGCUCUCCCACUACCAACCAGUGUGAUACUGGGACGCUUCCAGUGCCAGAUGUUCUCCAGCAGCAGGAUGACUGUGAACCAGUCCAGCCUGCUGUACGGACCGCUGGAGGAGCUGCAGGAGCUCGCCUUCAUCGAGAGGCCAAUACGCAGGAGUCUCAAGACCGCAGAGGAGAUCGAUCAGCUAACUGUGGAUGAAGACCUGAACGACAUCGAGAGAGCCGUCUACCUGCUGAGUGUGGGUCAGGAGGUGCAGAGAGCGAGUGUCAUCAGUAACCUGCCGAGCCUCGUUCGUCAGAAUCCAGCCGAGACUUUCCGUCGGGUCGUACCAAAGGUCCGGGAGGUCCUGAAUGGAGCCGGAGCAGAGAUCCAGCUGGCAGCAGCAGCGUCAUUCUUAACCAUACUGCAGGAUGACAUCAUCCUGAUCCACACUCACACUUUCUCCAUCCUGAAGACUGUCCUGCUGCACCUCAACCACCGAGACACAGUGGUGAGCAAUGCCUGGUUGGAGACCCUGCUGUCGGCCAUCAACGCUCUCCCCAAAGAGACCAUCAAACAGGAGGUGCUGAACCCUCUCCUCUAUCAGUCUCAGCUGUCUCACUCUCUUCAGGCUCGUCUGGCUAGCUGUCGCAUAUUAGGAAAAGUUGCUUGCAAAUUCGACACUCACAUAGUGAAGAAGGAGCUGCUGCCUCUGGCCCGGUCCUUGUGUCAGGACGAGGAGUUUGAGGUUCGAGCCUCCAUGUGCCGUCAGCUUGAGAGCAUCUCCAGAGCGACUGGGGUGGAGGACACCAGGACAGAGCUGCUUCCUGAACUGGUGGAGCUCGUCCGAGAUGAGGAGAGCAGCGUCCGCCUCGCCGCCUUCGACACCAUCAUCAACCUGAUGGAUAUGAUGGACGGUGAUGAUAGACUGCAUGUCGUGGUUCCCAUGGUGAUGUCUGUGUGCGAGGUGUCCUUGCAGGCGGACGAGGUCGCCAUGGCGUCUUUGUCGUUCCAGUUUGGGAAGGUCUGCAGCGGACUGGCAGGCUCUCUGUCAGACGAGGAGAAGGGCCGGUUGCUGCAGAGAUUUAAGGUGCUGUGUGUCGCUGGUUUGCAGACUGAAGGGAACCAGACUGACUGCAACGAGUCAACGCUGAUCCGCUGUAACUGCUGCUACAACCUGCCGGCCAUGGUGGUGUUUGCUGACUCGGUUCACUUUCUGUCAGAACUCUACCCGUCUUUUUCCAGUCUUUGCUGUGACCCACAAGUCAGCGUUCGACGAAGUGCUGCAGCCAGUUUCCACCAGGUAGUGAAGCUGCUCGGCUCAAACGUCCAGCUGGUCCACAAAGAGCUCCUGGCUUUGCUGCAGGAUGAAGCUCUUGAGGUGUUGGAUGCUCUGAUGAAUCACCUGGAGGAAACUCUGGAGGCAGUUCUUUCCAGAGGAGAGAACCUGGUGCUGGACAACAAGUUCCCAGAACUGCUGUCAGCUCUGCUGUUAGCGGAGCAGAAGGUUGGGUUCUCUCUGCGUUGGCGGCUGCAUGAGAAGCUGCUGCAGCGUUACAGUUGUCUGGCUAGACUGCUGCCUGGGAAACUGCUGCACCAGAACUUCUCCCUCCGCAUAUUCACCAUCCUCACCACUAAUAAGGUGUUGCCGGUUCAGAGAGAGGCUGCUCGGACAUUCUGCACAUUCCUUCGUUACAACCGCAAACAUGAGCAGCGUCAGGAGAUGAUGGAGCGACUGAUCCAAGAUCUGGCUCAGGGGAGGAGCUACUGGAACCGCCUGAGGUUCCUUGAUGUUUGUGAAACAGCCUCUGAGAUUUUCUCCAGGAAAUACUUUAACAAAUACUUCCUGAUCCCUGCGUUGGAGUUGGUCCACGACCCCGUGGCCAACGUCAGGUACAAGCUGUGCCAAUUGUUGCCCAGAUUGCGUUCAUCACUCCGCCUGCCAGCUGACAAACUACUGCUGCAGCAGCUCGACUUCUGCGUCCAGAAACUCCUCUGCAGAGAAAAAGACAAGGACGUGGUGGCCACCAUCCGCAAGACAGUUCUGGAACUGGACAAACUGGACCUUGCAGAGCCUUUUCACAAGAGACAGGAGAGAGAUUUACUGGACCAGAAGAAGGAAAAGGAGGAGAAUCUGCUGCUGGAGAUGCAACAGCUGGAGCGCCAGCAGAGUGAAGGGAAGCUGAACUCUGACAAACAUACAGAGAGAAAACGAAGAGACAGUAAGACCAGUCUAUCUGCGAUCAAAUCCAUUUCGGUGUCUUCGUCAGGAGCCACCGUGUCAUCCUCCGGUAAAGAGAUGAGGAAGGCUAAACUGUCAAGGAGUCGAUCUCUCAGCAGUCAGCCAACGACCUCCAAACCUGCCAACUCAGACAGACCUCUGAAAGUGAAAGAGCUGAGCAGCAUGUCUGGACCCGGAAAAUCCUCCAUGUCAUUGAUCAAAGAUGACCCCUUGAGGACUGCCCAUUUCUCUACAGCGACCCAGUCCACCUCCUCCAUGCCAGUCCUGAUCCGCAGCAACACCACCAGCCUCCUGGAGAGGGCCAGCACACUGGACCACAGGACCAGCAGCCUAGAUCAGAGAGAUCACAUAACCAGUACACUAGCCCACAGACCAUGUAAAAUGGACCACAGGAACAAUAUGAUGGAGCUGAGAACAGGUACAUUGGACCAUAGAACCUCAACUAUUGACCAGAGAGACCACAGGACCAGUCCCCUGGACCAGAGAGACCAUAGGAUCAGUACCAUGGACCAGCGCAGUAAAACGAUGGACCGAGGAUGUAGGGUGAAAGACGGCCAGUCCAGAAAGCUGUCGAUAAACAGGAAGUCAAACUCGUUCAGCGUCCAGUCGGGAAGAGACUGAAGAUGAUGUCACCGUACCUCCACCAGGCCAUGAGCCAAUCAGCAGUCAGGGUUCACAAGUUAAAGACAAAUAGAGGCUUACCCAGAAUGCACCAAGACAUCAUCUUGACAUCAUCACAUUAGUCUGAUCUACUGAGCUGCUGUUUUCUGAGCACUGUGUAUUCUAAUGAUCUCAUCCUGUCUCCUGAUUGGUUCAGUAAACACACUUACAAAC